UAACCACCACACAUUGCAUUUCCUGUUCCCAUGCACUGUUCGUUAUUUUACUUAGAGUUGCGUUUCUAAAAUGAUGCCUAACGUAUUCAUCCAGUGUCAACCGAUAAGCAAUGUGGAAGAUUUGGAUGGGGUGAUUCAAGAACCUCCUGGAUGGGUUGACAGAGUUGAAAUUUUGCAACCGAGGUCUUCAACCGUCCUUCUGAACAGUGUACCUUACUGCCACAGUCAUGUGAAUAAUUUUUUUGUGAGAAACAGGGUUGAUAGAAGGACCGUCCCCAAGACACUGGUGUGCCACGAUUAUAAGGGAGGCUAUCAGUCAGACAGAUACCUACACAAGGCCAAUGAAGACAUUGUGGGUAAUGGUUAUACAUUUUACAAUUGGGCCCAGAUAGAUAUUUUCGUAUAUUUCAGUCAUCACUUCAUUACAAUUCCUCCUCUCUGCUGGAUCAAUGCUGCUCAUAAAAAUGGAGUAAAGGUUCUUGGGACCCUUAUUACUGAAUUCGAUACGGGCAAUAAAAUUUGUGACUUGAACAUAUUCAAAGAUACAGAAACGAUGAUUAGCUUUGCCAAAUCUUUAGCAGCAUUGACAAAAAUUUUUGGUUUUGAUGGUUGGUUAUUGAACAUAGAAAAUAAUGUUAAAAAUAUUGAUGUACUGAAGGAAUUCGUGCCAUACAUAACACGUUUAAUACAUGAAAUAAACCCUGAAAGCUUGGUUAUUUGGUACGAUAGUGUUACAGAAAAAGGCGAAUUAUUAUGGCAAAAUGCAUUAAAUGAACAUAACAGGUGAGUUUUUUUUG